AUGGCUUUCCAAGUACGCCAGACUCAUUUUCUGUUAACAGCUUUGAUGUUCCUCUCGUUUGAUGUGAUCACAAAAUCCCAAGCAACAAAGCCCUCCAAACACGGCGAAGUUCACCGCGCGAAAAGUGAGAUCGACUCGUUGAUUUACAAGUUGACUUUAGAUUUGAAAUCUUUUAACGAAAAGGAAACUAAGGCCGAGGCUGUGCAGAAAGAUGCCUCGAAACUGGCUCGGGUCGCAGAAGAGGAAAUCGCCCUGUUGAGGCCAGUUCAACGUCUCUUGGAAAAGCUUGCAAAGGGGAACUCCUCGAAUGGAAAAGAACGCUGUAUGGCCUGGCCAGGCGGUAAAAUACGGAUACAAAUUAAAGCUGCAUCCCCUCUGCCCAAACACUUCACUAUAAGUGUACCAGGUAAGAGGCCAUAUUUAUCCAGUUAAGUAAGAUCAUUUAGCGUUCCUAAUUUUUUCAGGCAAAAAUCGGAACAAAUAAAUUUCCAGCUACUAAAAUAUAUUACGGAAACAAAUGAAAUUUAAUGACAACAAAUAUGGAACUAUUAAGUAGGAAACGUAUCAAGGAAAAAAUAACAUAAGAAAAAAAAUGGUUCAGAAGGGUAAUGGGCUGCUUAAUUACUAAAAAACAAUGCGCACACACAAACUGGCAAAAUUGUUAAAAUCUCGUAAGACGUUUUUGGUAACCGAUGAAUCUUCCACUGGUUUUCAGCGUAACUAGAAAUACCUACAUGUAAAAAUUUUAGAACAACUCAGGUACAGGCAUGAAUGUUCUAUGUUUUGUGAAAUUAGGUAUAACAAAUUUGAAACUUACACUGUAAAUUGGAAAGAUCUGCUUCGGGCCCAACUUCCAGUCAAACCCUGUAAGCCCCAAGUCUGAAUAAUUCUUUUGUUCAGCGAUUUGAGUACACUUUGCGCCAACACAGCCCUAUAAAAGAUCUAUUCCAGCCCUUGAAACUUACAGCCGGUGGGUCUAAAUUAGCCCAAACUAGGCCGGGGGGCUAAAACGAUGUUUUUAGUUUGCAGUAUAUUAGUUCUGGUGUUUACGCCAUUACAAAUCAUACUAUUAACAAUUCUCAUUCUUGAAUAGCACUUCUUAUCCUGUUUUAAAUUGGAAUUAUUUGCCAUUCUUUCCUCGCAGUCAAGAUCAGACUCUCAAUUUCCGUCCUUACACCUGAACAAAAAUGUAAUAGUUUUGAGCACAUUCUGACAUUUCUAUCCACAGUCAAUCACCGAGAGCUGCUAGACAACGGACGAUUGACACGUGAAGAUGGCGAAGACUUGCAGGUCUAUUACCAUAUCAACGGACAGCAACCGUUCCAAAUUGACCGUGUCAUCAGUGGCCUGGGAACAAAAUCAGCAACUGUCCACUUUCGACUGCAGACUCCGAUAUCAUCCAACACUGCUGAUGACGUGUCUUAUUUUUUAGUCCUCGGUGCUUCGGUCAGCGGCAGUGCCAUGGAUGAUCCUGCCAAAGUGUACGCAUUUUUCGACGAUUUNACCGUGUCAUCAGUGGCCUGGGAACAAAAUCAGCAACUGUCCACUUUCGACUGCAGACUCCGAUAUCAUCCAACACUGCUGAUGACGUGUCUUAUUUUUUAGUCCUCGGUGCUUCGGUCAGCGGCAGUGCCAUGGAUGAUCCUGCCAAAGUGUACGCAUUUUUCGACGAUUUCUCGAGCGCAACUUUAAAGAAAGAAUGGGUGAAAAACUGGGGGAAAUGGAGCGUGCAAAACGGGAGAUUACUGGGAAGCACAAUGCAGAGUAAAGAUUUAACCAAAGAUAAUAUUGAGGUCGGACUGUAUCUCAAAUCAGGGUUUCAGUGGAAAGAUGUUAUGGUAGAGCUUGACUUCAUGGAGACUGGAAAGAGUAAGUCCGCUUCUGGACCAUUCCUGCGCCUCAGCGAUGUGAGCCUUAGCAAAACCUCAGGUUGGUGGUUUCAGUACUACCCAGGUCAUUCUGAUUCUUCCUACAUGAGACCUUUAGCAGCUAAUAAAGAUGGUGGCUGGUUAAUCAAAGGAAAACUACCCACAACCUACAAAUUGAACAAAUGGUUCCACUUCAAGUAUCGAGUACUUGGAGACAGGUUUUCACAAUGGGCAAAUGGCAAAAUUGUACACGACAACAUUCAAGUGAGCUCGAAGUGGAUGAUACCAGCAGGAACAUUUGGACUGGGAUGUCAUCACUCCCCCUACAACUGUAAAACCUUUUAUGACAAUAUCAAAGUGACUUUCGUGGUUUCUACACCCCCAAACAUCACCCUGGGAUCUUUUCAGUCAUUCCUUCCCAAGAAAAUUGCUCUGUUAGGCGAGAAAAAGCUUCCUGCGGACUCAUGCAAACAGAUCCAUGAUGCAAGUCUCGCGAGCAACAAACCGCGCGCUAAGAAUGGCGUUUACUGGAUCAAGACAGACCUCCAAGGCAGCUCGUCUGUGCAGACUUACUGCGACAUGAAAAACGGUGGCUGGACCCUUGUCGGCAAAAUCAGCGGAAAUGUGGGCAACAUUUACAAUAAAUGGUUGGUGUCUAACCACAACACUGCAUCGCUAAAGUCUCCAAAGAUCACAAGACGGAAACAGUUUGCCUGCAUAGACGCGUGCAGUUUAGCAGUAGAUGAAGCAUCCACGGUUCUGUUGUCCAGCGGUGAGAGGAUGGAUGGGUUGGGGAGCAAGUGGGUCAUGUGGAGGUUGCCUGGUGGCAGAGAAAAAGACUCGUUUUGGCGCCAUUCGGUUGCGGUAACUACUGUAAAGGCAGCUGUACAAACACCUGUCAUGGUGUUCGCUUGGAAUGGAAACAAAAAGGUAACCACGUAGAUGAGAAUUGGCCUUUUUCGGUGAAAACUAUGCUGCACUGCGCGCUCUAAGGGAGGGGCGCGGAGAGAGAGCACUCCCCACCCCUCUGGAUCCGCCACGCAGCACUGUGUCCUUUAGGCCAACAAUUAAACAUUGCUAGUUAUAGCUAUUGCUAAGUGCCAACGACCAAAGAUUUUACCUAUACACAGGGAUGGAUCCAGGAUUUUUUUUAGGAGGGGGUGCACUCGUCUCUUGCUCUACUUUAACACCAAUAAACCACAUAGUUUUUUUUUUGCAGAAUACCAGUUGUAUUAGAAAACCGCAGGUCAUCUCAGGUGGGGGGGGGGGGGUGGGGGCGCACCCCCUGCCCCCCCCCCUUAGAUCCGCCCUUUGUGUACGUGCGCACUGUUUAAUUUGUUUAGAAAUGUCAUGAAUUGCCGUAACAAUAAAAAAAAUUCAGCGGGCAAAUGCGAGAGCAGUACACGUAUGUUGCAAAUGAAUACAGCCGACGAUUGGUUGAAGACGGGAAGAGCACGAGACUCACAAACAUGAACACGGCUCGUAGAUUCCCUGUUGUGUAUCACGUGUUCAAUCGAAAACAAUACAUUCUCUGUUCUUCAUUACUUCAUAAAAGCUACGGUCUACUUAAGGUAGUUAUUGACCAUAAACCCACGCCCAGUUCAAGAGAUCUAAAGGAGAGCAUAUUGCUAAACUCGGCUACAAAACACACGACUAUCACCUUAUUCACCUUAUAAAGAAGAGUAAGCCCUACAUUUCGUACUCUAUCUCAGAAUACAUCUGUCGUCCUGUGUGCAAAAUGCUUUCUUCUGAUAAACUGUCAGUCAACUAAAACGGCUUUCUGUAGAACUCUUGCUGUUUUUUUUUCACCCAGAUGUGUUACCACAACAAGUUCGGGAUAAUGCCUUAUACAUUACAUGGAGGUGCGUAUCCUUACACCUCCUAUAAUACUGCAGGAGACGCCGCCACAAACGACUACUGUAUGAUUGUUGGGGUCAUGACUAAAGGAUCCACUGCGCAUGGCUGGUCCCAGAAUGGCAAUGGUUACGAUAGUCCAAGCAGUGAUACUGAUUGGCCGAACAGGUCAAUCAACCACCAGUCUCCACACCUGACGGUCUGGCUCAAGUAA